AUGCCCUUUCUUCGCAACAAGCGUGGAACUCCGGCCAGCGAGUCUGAGUUGCGCCGCUCAGCUCUGGAUCCAGAUCAGGCUCAGGACCCCAAAGAACCCCCGUUGAGGUCCACUACCUCAAACAUCGACCUCCCUCAACUACAAUUGUUGCGCUUCGACUCGAACACCUCAGCUGACGCUGACGCCGCUCCUGCGAAUGGCUCGACUCCCGCCAUACCUGCUCCUCCUGUCACACCCCCUCACGACAGUCCCUCGACUUCUGCCGCCGAGAACGCCCUGUCUGUCCCUGUUCGAGACCCUAUUGAGCGCCCCGAUUCGCCGCCGAUUCAAGACGAGACCCCAAAACAUCGUCGCUUUUCCAUGUUGAGGUUUCGCAAUGCCUCCGACUCUCAACUGUCGGCCAGGGCCAAGAAGCAGGGCCAUGUUGACGAGUCCGCGCCUCCUGUGCCACGGCCACCACCAGAGAUCAUAACAACCGCCCCAACCGUCGAGUUCGGUACCGUUCCCAGGAAGCCAUCUCGCAUGUUUGGUCGUCUUCGGCGUUCUGGAGAGGAGAUGCGGUUCGACCAGCAGCAGCAGCUGCUGCAACAACAGCAGCAACAACAGCAACAACCGCAGCAAACGCAGCAACGACCUUCAACUCAGGGACUCAGCAAGAAAGACAGGCGGAAGUCCUUUCUACCGGGCGCAACUUCCAACGGCAAAACCUCUAUAAGCAUAGAGGAACCAAAGCGACCAAAAUCGUCGAACGCACCGUCAACCAAUGGCUCUGGCCAGCAUCCUCCGCUUCCGCUCCCUGGGACCAGGUUAUCUGAGUCCUCAAGGUCCGAAGAUAGCUCAGACCGCCUGCGCGGAAACACUGCCCCGAAUACGCAAAAUACAUCAAACACGACUAAUUUCUUCCGGCUGCCACGGCGAAAACCAAAACAGCCUGAGCCUCUAUUUCCUAUAGCGCAUCUCCAGAAAAACCGCAGCCAUGAGCACAAUGUAUCCUCAAACCCAUCUUUGGCUCCCUCGACUCCAGUGCGCGCGAGUACUUCGUCCGCGGCUUCUGGAUUUGGACCCCAACAGACUCCUGUCGCUCGGAGCUCCAACGGCGGGAACGGCGUCACCACGCCCCCAGGACCGUCGCCUGCGAGGGCUUUGUUCCAGAAGUCGCAUGCUUCACCCGCGACAGCUCUCUUCCGGCCAAGGUCCACGAAUAGUGGCGCCUCUUCUCCAACAAGAUCAAAUGUCAACUUGCGGGGGAGAUCGUCGACAAUGAGUUCUCUCGGACGCGAGUCCGUAGACGAGCGCCUGGCACCAUCGUUUCCUCGAGCAUCUACCUCCACUGGUCGCAAAAGCUUCGGCGACCUGCUGGGAAUUAGUAGAUUACGGAAUAAUCCCGAGUCCCUCCGCCAAGGGACGGGCACACCAGCCACCCCAGGCUCCAACACGUCCAAGGAUAACUCACUCAAUAUACAGCGGGAAUCAGUCGUCUUGCCGGAACGUCGGGAAGAUGAGAACCCAGGAAGAUAUCUCGAAAGGCUCGAGGAGGUUGCAAGUCGUAGUGUCAUAGCUGCAGCGAUUUCCAAGAGCUCGGACGCCUUCUCUCUCGCUGUGCUUCGGAGCUACAUGCGAAGGUUUGGCUUUUUUGGUGACCCCAUGGACAUGGCUAUAAGGAAGCUGUUGAUGUCCGCGGAGCUGCCUAAGGAGACACAGCACAUUGAUCGUUUCCUGCAAGCUUUCGCGAACCGCUAUCAUGAAUGCAACCCCGGGAUUUACGCGAACCCGGACCAGGCGUAUUUCAUAGCCUUUUCGAUUUUGAUCCUACAUACCGAUGUUUUCAACAAGAACAACAAGCACAAAAUGCAGAAACCCGACUAUAUCAAGAACACCAAAGGGGAAGGAAUUUUUGACGAAGUCCUCGAGGUCUUUUACGACAACAUCACCUAUACACCCUUCAUCCACGUGGAGGACGAUUUGGACAUAAAUGGAGACCGAGUGACCACUCACAAGGUUUCCAAGAAGAAGUCCAUAUUGCCCAACGCUAACGCGCCAGAUGCCGCAAGCAAACGAGCCGCCAAGGAGCCCAUUGAUCCCUACACCAUCAUUUUGGAUAACAGACUCGACAUUCUGCGACCAAAUCUGAAGGACGUGAUGCACCUGGAUGAUCAUUUCAGUUACCUCGGGACGGCUCAGAGCUUAAAUCUAAAGGAACUGCAGAGGACUUUCUUCAGGACCGGUAUCCUGCAGAUCGUAUCUGCAAGGUCCCGUCCUGAUGCCUUCAUGACAGAGAAGACCGCAACAAAUCCCCAGGAGGCCCAACCGGGUGUUGUUGACAUAAAGGUCACAAAAGUAGGCCUCCUGUGGCGCAAGGAUGUGAAGAAGAAGAAGACGAGGUCACCCUGGCAAGAGUGGGGUGCCAUUCUCACCGGCGCGCAGCUGUACUUUUUCCGCAACACCGCUUGGGUCAAAAACCUCAUGCACCAGUAUGAGUCGCACGUCAAACAAGGCCACGAUGCAAUGCCGAUUAUAUUCAAGCCACCGCUCGAGACUUUCAAGCCAGACGCUCUGAUGUCGACUGACGGCGCCGUGUCGUUGUUGGACGCAACAUACAAGAAGCAUAAGCAUGCAUUUGUGUAUGUGAGACAAGGAGGACUCGAAGAGGUUUUGCUGGCCGACAAUGAGGAAGAAAUGAACGACUGGUUGGCAAAGUUGAAUUAUGCUGCCGCAUUCAAGACAAAUGGAGUACGCAUGAGAGGUGUUCUGGGAAGCAACUACGAUGGCCAAGGCCGAAGAGCAUUCAGAAGGCUGGAUACCGAGGCGGUGCAAACUCCGACUGGAGAAGUGACGAUUGCGCGCUCGAAGGUCGACCAACAGAUGGCACAAGACAUUCUGUUCGCACGUCGUGAGAUCAUUUUCCACAAGGUCGCUGAAGCCAACGAGAAACUUCAACACGAGGAGAAGAAACUUGAGCAGGCGUUGAGGAAUGCACGCCAUCUCCAGCUACUGGCUCCUGUUCAGCCGAAGACACGAGACCAAAUGCUCAUGGCAGCCGGGCGUAUGGCAGCGCAGCUCAAAUGGACAAGGGUCGAGAUUUGUAAGCUCAAGUGCCACCGCGACAUCCUCCUCAUGGAUCUUGAGGAAGAGCGGCAAAUGCUAGGGCUUCCACCGGGACCGAUGUCAGAAGCCAUCAGCCCGGAGAAGCCCGCUCUAGGCCGUGAGAUUUCGAAGACAAGCAGCGGCACAGUGAUGCCUAGUCCCCUGACUCCCAAGCCGACCGACGCGCAACGCAGUCAAGCAGAAGGCGUAGGGUCGGACACUGAAUCAGGGCAGGGCGAGGCUUUCCAGACACCACCAAGAAGCGCAGCCGGGUCUUCAUUCCACAAGCACCAAAACUCUUGGGAACUUCCCGCUCUGAACUUUGAUCGAGCCAGCAGGAGGAAAGCUUCUGUGUCGAGCGCGGUCUCAUCUCACCCCUCUGUACCGUCUACGCCACCUCGAACGGCCAUUGCCACGAGCUCCACGACCGAGGACGCUGCUGCCCCUGCCGAUGGCGGGGAUCAUCAUGAACCAGAUGCGCGUGAGCGCGAACUCCUUGAACAGGCAGGGCUGCUCGGCGCCGACGUCACCCGAAGCCCUGAGCCUAUCGAGUCGAGGGUCAUCGAUCCAGACGCCACCCCAGACCGGCAGGAGCACACUUCGCACAGCAGCUCGAUGGACAAAGCUGAUAAGAACAAGAUUCGUCGGAGCCUGCAACGCACUCUCAGAGAGGGCGCGGGACACUUAUCUCAUGCCCGGAGCCGCAAAGGAAAGGAGCCUGCUACGAGCGGUUCCAUGGACGAUAAUGAGUCCGAGAUGCUCACACGUGGAUCCGGCUCAUUUGUCGUGCAUGGAAAGAAAGCCUCGGUCAUCACCUUUGGGUCUGAGCUCCAGAGUAGUUUGUCGCCUGACGAGCGUCUUCGCGCACGCAAGACGUCGCACGCGGAAGGCAGUGUUGCUCACAGCGACAGUGCUGAGGCAAUGGAUGUUGCUGCUGGCAGCGGCAGCGGCAGCGGGAGUGGCGAUGGCGACUUCCGUGUUUUCCUGCUUUCCGGCCCAAAGAGCGCCAGCAAGCAUCGGUCCUCGGCAGCCAGCGCCAGUACAGCCACAGCCAGGAGCUUCAGAGAUCUGCACAGGAAAUAUAGCUCAGCGCAGGCAGCCAAGGCAUCCUCAUCUGGCGGAAAUCUCACUGUCCCUUCGGACGGCGAAAGUGAUCCAGCCCUUAGCUUCUCCGAUGGCCGGCGCAGUCCUUUGCUACCGGAGCAUGUCGAAGAGCUGAAGGAAGUGGAAGAGCAUAGUGACCGGGAAGAAAACGCCGACGGUGAGGACUCCGAGUUCAAGAGCGCGACGAUGAACAAGACCAGGGAGACUUUAUUCUUCACCCCUGAGCCGCCGGCAUCCCCAACUGCCGACCAAGGCAGUGUGAAAGAGGGCUCAGGUGGAGAACAAAACGACGCCGAGGAGAGCGGCCAAGGGGGAGCCAGCCCGACUGUUCCCGUGCUUGCCUGA